AUGGCUUCUUACACUGCCCACUCCUCUGGUCUCAACACUCCUGAGUCCGAGCUCGAGUCUGUUUUGCCCGUGCACCCGACGGCGCAGCGUCGUGCCUAUCCGAUUGUAGUGCAGUCUGACCUGACUUCCUACUCGGACGAGUUCAUUACUUCCAAGUUCACCAACCGUGGGGCCGACGUAUCCGUGACAAACGGCCAAUACCUUAUCACCCCUACUCUGGAGCAGUAUGAGUUCCAGACCGUCAGGAAGGUCUCUAAGACAGGCCUGAUGAUGGUCGGCUGGGGUGGAAAUAAUGGUUCCACUUUAUCUGCGACAAUCCUCGCCAACCACCACAACAUUUCCUGGCAUACCAAGGCUGGCAUUCAGCAGCCCAACUAUAUCGGUUCCGUCCUGCGCGCGUCCACCGUCCGCCUCGGCACAGACUCGUCCACGGGCAAAGACAUCUAUGUCCCCAUCUCCGAUGUUCUCCCUAUGGUGCACCCCAAUGACUUGGUCCUUGGUGGCUGGGACAUCUCCGGUGCUUCCAUGGACGAGGCAAUGAAGCGCGCCGAGGUGCUCGAUUGGGAUCUUCAGCGUCAGGUCGCCCCACACAUGGCAGCGCUCGGACAGCCGCUUCCGUCGAUCUACUACCCCGACUUCAUCGCUGCUAACCAGGAGGCGCGUGCCGACAACGUUAUUCCCGGCACCGAUAAGCAGGCGCACCUCGAGCACAUUCGCGCCGACAUCCGCCGAUUCAAGCAGCAACAUGGUCUUGACCGUAUCGUCGUGUUCUGGACGGCCAACACAGAGCGUUACAGCGACAUCAUUCCGGGCGUGAACGACACUGCAGACAAUCUCCUCAAAUCUAUCAAAACCUCGCACUCAGAGGUCUCUCCUUCGACUGUCUUCGCUGUUGCUGCCAUCCUCGAGGGCGAGCCCUUCGUUAACGGUGCGCCCCAGAACACGUUCGUGCCGGGUGUAAUUGAGCUCGCAGAACGUGAAAAGUCAUUCAUCGGUGGUGACGACCUCAAGUCCGGCCAGACGAAGUUGAAGUCCGUGUUCGCCGAGUUCCUCGUGAACGCGGGUAUUAAGCCGCUGUCGAUCGCGUCGUAUAACCAUCUCGGGAAUAAUGAUGGGCACAAUCUUUCCGCGGAGCCGCAGUUCAAGAGCAAGGAGAUCAGCAAGAGCAGUGUCGUGGAUGACAUGGUGAACGCUAACGCGUUACUGUACAAGCCAGCGGAGGAGGGCGCGGCGAAGGGUACGAAGGCGGCAAAGGGCGAGCAUCCAGACCACAUCGUCGUCAUCAAGUACGUGCCUGCCGUUGGGGAUUCCAAGAGGGCCAUCGAUGAGUACUAUUCGGAGAUUUUCUGCGGUGGUCGCUCGACUAUCAACAUUUUCAACGAGUGCGAGGAUUCGCUUUUGGCUACGCCACUCAUUCUGGAUUUAACAAUCUUGACUGAGUUGUUGACGCGUGUCAAGUAUCGUAGCACCUCCACUCAGCAGACCGAGUUCGCGCCUUUGUACCCGGUUCUGUCUCUUCUAUCCUACAUGCUCAAGGCUCCGCUCGUCAAGCCUGGCACCGACGUUAUCAACAGCUUGAACAGGCAGCGCAACGCGCUCGAGGCGUUCUUGAAGGCUUGCAUUGGCCUCGAGGGAAGCAGCGAUCUUCUCUUGGAGACGCGUCUAUGGUAG